CUGAACGUUUUCGGUUGAAACAUGAGUCUGGAUUCUCUGUUUCAGCAGAUUUUACUGACUGAGCAACAAGUGUCAGAGAACACUCGUCAGCUCCAUGAAGUAAAGGCUGCUGUCAUCAGGACUCAGGAGAAGAUAAAGUGCUUUAAUGAAAAGCUGGAAAAUGCACGUGUUGAGCUGGAUGAGAAGGCUCAGCUCCAGUCAGAAGCCACCCUGCAGCUGUAUCUGAUAAAGAAGCGGCAAGAGCAGAUAGAGAAGAAAAGAGAGGACUUGCAAAAACAGCAGAAUGACCUCAAACAGGAGCUGGACCGACUGAAGAGAGAAUCUGUGGAGGAGAGAGAGAAAUUUAUGAGGGAGAUCACAGCCUUUAACGAUGACUUUAACCUGCUGAAGAAGAGGAACAUUGUGUUCCAAAGCCAGACCAGAUCUGAAAUAUUAAGUCUUCAACUGGAAGCUCACUCACUCAAGAAAGAGAUGCAGAUGAUGAGGCAGGAGAAUUCAUGGCUGGUCUCCAUGCAGGCAGAGCAGGGAGCACUGGAGAUGGAGCUUCAGGAGGUGCAGUCGAAGCUUGCAGAGCUGGAGAGAGAGCUGGAGGAGGCAGUAGCUCUGACUGAGUCGCUGAAGGCAGAGAGACUCACAGCCAGUCAGAAACCACUGACAGACAGCACCUGCCUCAGGCUGAAGAAAGAGCUAGAGGCGUAUAAGGAAGGAGAGCUGGAGCUGCUUCGCGAGGCCCUCAGUGCAGAAAUUCAGUUCCUCCGUUCGAAAUUAUCGCAGAAGGGCAGCGUAUGCUGAAAUCUGUUUAUUCAGACAGAUACCUGUGAUGUUCAAAGAGACCUCUAGUGGGCGAAGCUGAAAAUGGACAAGGAUUCAGUAACCAGCAUGACUGACCAAAUCCCAAUGAGAGAUGCAAUUUGUUGCGGACCUGGUCACAAAUAGCUCGAUAUCUGGGUGUAGUGUAGAACUUUCCUCAUUACUAAAGCAAAUGCCACCUGGUAGAAAAAAACAUGCCAUUUUCUUCUUACUGUUGUUGUUGUUGUUCUUCUUCUUCUUCUUCUUCUUGUAGUUUUUUAUGUUGCAUUACUGAUUUAAUUUUUUUCAACUGCAUAAUGUAAAAGUACCUGGCCAGCUAAUUAGCGAUUUUUUUUAAUUCCACUAAAAUUCAGAAAUGUGAUGUGCAUUGAAUCUUCAGUGUGUUCACAUCAUACUAGACUAUAAACAACAAGACAUAUAUGCAUAUUCACAUAUCAUACGCAUACCAUAUAUCUUUGUUGUUGCCAGUAUAAUCAUAUGAAUCAUUUAUUUGCAGGCAACUGUAUCCAAAACUGGAAGGUUUCAUAGACAGGACAUAUUUAAUACACAGCACUAAUGGACUAGAACAGAAUAUUUUCUUUUCUUUUAUUAUUAUUGUGUUAUUAAUUCUCUGUAUCUGCAUGCUAUUAGAUGUAGAGACUUGACUGUAUUUAGUACUAUUCUGUCUUUCAGUGCGGUGUCUUAUUUAAAUACAAGUUUUCCGUGUUAUGCCUUUUUUGAUGCAUAAGCAGGCCAUCUAGUGGUCAUCAUCUAACAGUACAUCACAAAUUUGUGAUUGUGGUUGGG